CCAGACUCGAAUAAUGUUUACUUCCUAACAUUCUCCCAACUAUCAAUAACAUUCAUUUUCCCUGGUUAACGGCCUCCUCUCUAUCAGUUCGAGAACUUUCUGGCUGAUACGUUCCUUUGAGAUAUAUACAACUCUUCAACAUGGAGAUAUGCAAAGCAAUAACAACUCCUGGCACUAUGUGGUCAUUCUGCCCUUUAAUAGCACCUUCAAUUCUUUUCAUUUUUUUGUUUACCUUGACUUUAAUCACUCACGUUGGACAAGCCAUUUACUAUCGAAAGCCGUACAACUGGAUUAUCAUCAUGUCCGCUCUAUGGCAGACACUGACAUAUAUCUUCCGCACUCUAAGUAUUCAGAAUCCUGCAAGCUAUGGUGACUACGCUGCUUGGUUCAUUUUGAUCUUGAUCGAAUAUAACCAAUCAGCAAAUCUUGGACGGCCUGCAUAUUUACAUGGGCGGAGUUGGCCUUCAACUCGGGUUUAUUCUUAUUUUUAGCACAUAUGCACCACGAUUCUUCCUCGAAACACGACAUAAUCCAAGUGCAAGAGAAGUCCUCCCCCUGUUUUACGCUCAAACCUUGGCCCUAGCUAUGAUUGUCCUCCGCAUUAUUUUCCGCAUAUGCGAGUACUCCCAGGGUCUGGACAGCAAGAUCCCCAUGCAUGAGGCAUACCAAUACUGUCUAGACUCGCUACCUAUGUUAAUUGCACUCGUGAUCUAUAAUGUGGUGCAUCCAGGUCGCAUUAUGCAAGGACAAGCUGGAGAAAUGCCUUCAGUCCGGCAAUUGAGAAAGCAGAAAAAGCAAGGAGUAUAUUUGGUAGAGAUGCCUUUGGUGUCACAACCCGACUCUACUUUCAAAUUCUAGGAAUAUAAUAUCUUGGUUAC